UGCUCACUUCAUGUUUUAGGAGGUUCGCGAAACGGAAGCCAAGCUCCGCCAGAUGUUACUGGAGGUGCUGCGGUGGAAGCGAUGUUACGUCGAGUUCGCGAACAACAUGAAAUCAAACUACAGCGGGAAACAGAAUCUCGGCCAAAAGUGACGUCACCGAAAGGAGGCGAUGAUGGCAAAGUGGAUAGGAAUAGUAAAAGAAUCGAGCACAUUGCAAAGAUUGAAGAUGAUGUUGAUCAGGUAAGGUCACUUUCUGGAUUAAGCUGA